GAGACCCAUCAUUUUGGCGCCGUCUGUGGGAAGUUCUUGAAGGAAUUAAGAGCUUUACACCUAGCUUUGAUCUGUUCCCGAUGGCUGAGAAGGAAGGAGUGCAGAAAAACUUUAAUGAAGAUUUCAGGGCAACAUGGACUGACAAGCGACCUUCGCCGAUUCCCAACCCCAAGCCGCCGCUCCAAGUGUUCGGUUUCCCACUGUUUGGGGCACACGCGCCGUCAGGAGGGCGUAUGGGGGAGGAAACGCCUAUCACCCCACCAGGAGUCAAGAUCCCAGUGCUCACUCAAGGGGAGGCCAGUCACGUGAGGAACACGAGCGGAGAAGUCAAUGGUCGUGAGUCAACCGAGACGUUCCUAAAUCUAAGAAAGCAGCCUGGACCGCUCGAGUCAGGAAAGAGACCGCUGCCCCAAAUUGAGGAGCAAAUGUUAACCAUAACACAGAGCGAGAUGCAGAGGAUGAUAGCCGAAGCUGUAGCUGCCCAAAUCAAACAAACGCCAGUCGAGCAACCCAGAUCCUCUGUCAGAACUGUUAAUCCACAAGCCAGAAACGACACCCUAGAGCAGCUGUUAGAGCAGGUCCGAGACUUGCAGGCUCGAGUGGAAGGAAGAAAAACGGAAAGCUCGAGGGGACAUUCUUUUUCACAACAUAUUCUAGACGCCGACUUGCCUCAGUGGUUCUGGGAGCUCAACAUCUGGUAUGACGGGUCGACUGAUCCCUCUCGACAUCUAAGGAGUUCCGAAAACAUGGCAGUACUGCACCGUUAUAAAAACCCUGUUCAGUGUCGAGCGUUCCUGACGACCCUGCGAGGACCAGCGCAGGAUUGGUUUCAUCAAUUUCCCCCAGGAGCCGUCAGGGACUUUGACGGAUUUAGCUCAAGCUUUCUAAACCAGUUCGCAAGUGUAAAAGCCCAAGAAAAGUCUUACCUUACUCUGAUAGGCAUGCAACAGAAAGAAGGGGAAUCGUUGAGGGAUUAUGUGGCAAGGUACACACGGGCAUGCGUCGACGUCCCCUCGGCCACCAAGGAAAUCAAGUCAGGAGGGCUCACUCGAGGACUGCUCCCAGGGCUAUGCAGAAACUCCCUAGAAAAGCAACCCGGAAGGACGUUCGAUGAGGUGUUAGGAAG